UUAUGUAGUCGGACGAGGUCGGCAUGAAGCGAAUCAUUACACCUUCCAUAAACGGACACCGUAAUACCGCAUCUCCCGGUGGCUGCUGGCCAACGCUCGAUAUCCCGCACCGCGCAGUGCUCGCAGCAUGGGCGCAAACCAAUCCACGUCCCAGACCGACGAAAAGGUCUUUGCCUCAGAGACACCCAUUCAGUUCUCGCAAGAUGUCGUGAACCAGCUUGCGGACCACCUCGCAUCGCCGGAGACACCGCCAGAGCGGCAGUCGAGCAUCGACGCGCACAUCCGCUCGCGCAUCCAGACGGAACUCGCACGUCUGCGCGCGGAGGAGGAGCAGGUCAAGGCGGAGAUCGAGCGUGCGCUCGAGAAGGAGAACCUUGACCGCGAGCGGAGCAUGGCGGGCGAGGAGGAGGGCGAAGGCGGUGCGGGUGGGGUGAAGAGCAGUGCUGCGCUUAUGGGCGAUCUGGAGGAGGUCAGGCAGAAGGUCGAGAGGUAUAAUGCGCGGCACGAGCUAGAGGGGUAUUCGGAGGUGCACGGGAAGGGCGAGGCGGUGGUCUCUUGUUACAAAAAACACGCGACAGCACCACUAGACUGCUGGCGGGAGGUGAGCGACUUCAAAGCAUCCGUAGCGCAAAUAGAGCAGCGAUACGUACAUUCAUUGCAAUAGCACUGCGCGCGUCGUGUCGUACAACAUUUAUCGCAUUGCAAUGGGAGCCUGAUUACCCAAAAGUACAGCAAGUCAAUCUUUACUACUUUUACAUACAACAAGAAACGUCCACA